UGGCAACCAACGUCACCCAGAAACAAAAGAUAACAGCAAAGCGAUAACUUCAUUCAGAACUUAUUUUGCAUAAUUAAAAAAAAAACAGCCCUGCCAAUUCCAAUGAAAAUAAAAUCCCCCAUAAGCCCCGUAUUGCAGGUGGGAAGGGUUGCUUUGCCUGAAAAACAAGCCAUACAUCUCGGGGGUAGAGAGAAUGGCAAGAAGUAAUGUGAGUGUUGUAUGCAGAUAGCAGAACGGCAUGGGUUGACCGUGAGCCUCAGAUUGUUAGAGGUACAGCUAAGGUGGGGCCCACCCACUAUACCCAAUUCCCCACCCAAGGAAUCUGUGAUUCUGAUGAAAGAACUGGAAGUAGGUUGAAAAGAGGAACCCAGCUGGAAAAGUCCUCUCUGUGACUUUGCUGCUUUCAAACACAAAGGGACAGUUAGUAAUACAAAGCAUUGUGCGUGUGAAAAGAAUUAACAUUUCUUCAUCCAAAAUAUUCUGGAAGCCAAAGGAAUCAAACCACAUCUGUGACAGAAAUAAAUCUCUACAUCCAGAGCAGUUGAUAGGCUUUGCAUCAUGUUCAGAACUCAGGCCUUUAUGUUCUUCUUUCUCCUGGAACUGAAACUCCCCAAAGCAAAAGGCAACUGUAACUUUAUAGAGCCCCAAAGUCACUGUGUUUGUUCACUACUGGAGUCGACAGGUAUGAAAAACUUCAUUCAGUGCCUCCCAGCUGCUACAUAUGAGCUUCGAGAAGGAAACCUGGAAGAAUUUGCAGGCUUUGCUGGAAUCAAGCCAGAUGAACGUAUUGUUGAAAUUCUGAAGGCCCUGCAAGUACGUAAGCUCAUAUUUACAGACCUCUUUGUGCCAGAAAAUAUCUUGCCAUCUGCCAUGGAAUUUGUUUCCUAUGCUCCCCUGGUCUCAGAACUUGAGUUUGUAAACUGCACUUUCCUUAGAACUUCCCAGUGGCCCCCCACAGGUAGACUGAACAUGCAGGUUUCCUCCUUGCGAUUCCACAAAGUGACUGCUGCCCCCCUGGAUGACAGACUGGACAUGGCCCAACUGAAACGGUGGCUGAAGAUCCUGCAGAAUCUGACAGUUACAGAGUCACAAGUCACAUCUAUCCCCUGCAAAAUUGGCAAGAUGUUCACAGCAUUGCAUUUUCUGGAUGUUUCAGGAAACCAUUUCCAUGACCGGAGCAUGGAGUCAUCAUUCUGUGAAGGGGUUUUCCCACAGCUCCAAGUAUUAAAACUCCAUCACAACAAUCUAACCUCUUAUGAGACAGUGUGCAAGACCAUUGGUCAUCUCAAGAUGCUCACUCACUUAGAUCUAAGUCAGAAUGGCUUUCUGCCUAGAGACUUUUCUUCCUCCUGCAUGUGGCCACAUUCACUUCAUGUUUUUAAUUUGUCCAACACAGGCUUAGAGCAUAUCGACAGAUCUCUGCCACCUAACAUUGAGAUAUUAGAUCUGAGCGCCAACAACAUUUUUACCCUUGACCUCUCACUCCCUGGCUUGAAAGAACUCUACCUGUCCAACAACAGUCUGCAAACUGUUCCUUCUCUCAGUAGGCUUCCUCACUUGGAGGUCCUCAACCUAGAUCAAAAUCAGAUCUCGGAGCUUCCCAGCAAGGGUCUGAAACAUCUGCAUAGCUUAAAAGCUGGCCACAAUCUCUAUAAUUGUUCUUGUUCCCACCACAUCAGGGAAAUCCAGGACUUGGCAGCUAAACCAUCUUUGCUGCCUGAUUGGCCUCAGGAUUAUAUAUGCAAGUCCCCUCCUCAUUACCAGGACUUCCUGGUAAAAGAUGUACCUCUUUCAUCACUGCUGUGCAACAAGGCUCUGGUCAGUCAUGGCUCAAUAGUUAACUUGCUAAUAAGCCUUUACCUCAUUUUUUGUUGGCUGCCAGUGCCACCAUUUUCAGACACUUCCUUUCACCAGUUGUAAAGUGUUAGGACUAGUCAUGUUGGCAGCAUGCAGAUCACAAUUUAUGGUGGUGCAAAUUAUGUGUAAGGUACUUAAUUGGACUACAUUUUAAUUGUAUUUGUGUAUUUUCGUAUUAUGUCUUAAGAUACUGCUGCACUACCUUGAAAUGUCUGUAUAACGGAUGGCAUAUAAACAUUUUAAUAAAGAAAUAAUAAAAUUAGAAUGUGGAGAU